AUUGGUGCUUUGCCCUCGCCCCAGCCAAUGGCUGAAGAGUAUGUCUUGGGGCGGGGCGGACGCCGCGUCUUAAGCUUUGUGACGCGCUGCCCAGCUCUGCUCCUCAAGUCGCCACUUUGUGUCUUGGAAGGUUCUUCUAGACGCUAUCAGAGUUACUGGACCCUCUGAAGAUUUUCCUUGGAUCUCCAGUGGAAAAAUCUAUAUUCUACUCUGAACCGUGGGAAAAAAGAAUAGUUGGGCACAAUGUUUUCCAAAUUAGCACACUUGCACACCUUGGCUGUACUUCGUCGCGGAGUUCAUUCUUCAGUGACUUGUGCCACAUCUGUUGCAACUAAGAAGACAGUGCAAGGCCCUCCAUCUUCUGAUUACAUUUUUGAACGAGAAGCUAAAUAUGGUGCACACAAUUACCAUCCUUUACCUGUGGCUCUGGAGAGAGGAAAAGGUAUUUAUGUGUGGGAUAUAGAAGGCAGAAAAUAUUUUGACUUCCUGAGUGCUUAUAGUGCCGUCAGCCAAGGGCACUGUCACCCCAAGAUUGUGAAUGCUCUGAAGAGUCAGGUGGACAAGUUGACCUUAACAUCCCGGGCUUUCUAUAAUGAUGUACUUGGUGAAUAUGAGGAGUACAUUACUAAACUUUUCAAGUACCACAAAGUUCUUCCUAUGAACACAGGAAUGGAGGCUGGCGAGACCGCCUGUAAACUUGCUCGUCGGUGGGGCUAUACUGUGAAGGGUAUUCAGAAAUACAAAGCGAAGAUUGUUUUUGCAGCUGGAAACUUUUGGGGUAGGACAUUGUCUGCCAUCUCCAGUUCCACAGACCCAACCACUUAUGAAGGGUUUGGACCCUUCAUGCCAGGUUUUGAAAUCAUCCCAUAUAACGAUCUGCCUGCACUUGAGCGUGCUCUUCAGGACCCAAAUGUUUGUGCCUUCAUGGUUGAACCAAUUCAGGGUGAAGCAGGUGUUGUUGUUCCAGAUCCAGGGUACCUCGUGGGAGUUCGAGAACUCUGCACAAGGCAUGAGGUCCUGUUUAUUGCUGAUGAAAUACAGACAGGAUUGGCCAGAACUGGUAAAUGGUUGGCUGUUGAUCAUGAAAAUGUUAGGCCUGACAUAGUUCUUCUUGGAAAGGCCCUUUCUGGAGGCUUAUACCCUGUGUCUGCAGUGCUAUGUGAUGAUGACAUCAUGCUGACCAUUAAACCAGGGGAGCAUGGGUCAACCUACGGUGGCAAUCCACUGGGCUGUCGUGUGGCCAUUGCAGCCCUUGAGGUUUUGGAAGAAGAAAAUCUUGCUGCAAAUGCAGAGAAAAUGGGCACUAUCUUGAGAAAUGAACUCAUGAAGCUGCCCUCUGAUGUCGUAACUGCUGUAAGAGGAAAAGGAUUGUUAAAUGCUAUUGUUAUUAGAGAAACAAGAGAUUAUGAUGCUUGGAAGGUGUGUCUGCGGCUCCGAGAUAAUGGGCUUCUGGCUAAGCCCACCCAUGGCCAUAUCAUCCGGUUGGCCCCGCCACUCGUGAUCAAGGAGGAUGAGCUCCAGGAGGCUGUGGAAAUCAUUAACAAGACCAUCCUGUCUUUCUGAGGGUAGGGAAGUUCAUUGGUCCCUGGGAGUUGGCUGGACAGAAGAUCCUUGAAAUGCUCUGCUGUGAAAAUGGGCACAUUUUACCCCCACAUGUCUUAAAAGGCAUUUUAAAAAUAUUCAUAUAUUUUUUUCAGUUGAUGCAUAAUAGGGUGACAUUUAUGAACAUGUAGUUGGUUGUGUAAUAUAACUAAGAAUGGAUGGGCUCUGUAUUGGUUAAAUAUGUGACUGUGUAGGUAUGUUCUAAGGUGAAAUGCUUUUGUUUGUAUAUAAACAGCUUUUAAAUCAAGUCCUUCUGUAGAAUUGACAUGCUUUUUUAUAAUCUCUUCUGGUAUAAAUGUUUUGUAUUUGAAAAAGUUAUCUGAGAUAUUAUGUAAACAACUUGUUUAACCUUACAUAUUGAAUCACUGUAGUCAUUGAGUAAUCAUUAAUGGCUAAGCAUAUAUAAAGCAGUGUUAAGUAAACAUUGGCAACACCAGAAUUAAUUCAUUAUGGGGUUCAUUAUUUUGAACUAAAAAUGUGUUCCUAAAUUGUUUUAAGUGCUUGAUUAUAAUUUGUAAAGCAAAACAUUGAUUUUUAACAUUUCUUUAAGUUUAAAAUAAAGCUUAUGUUUAAAAUGUCUAA